AUGAUUGAGAUCAACAGGCUUAACAGGAUAAUUGAAAAAUGUGGAAGACAUGAUGAGGUUAUAGACCCGGUGCUGCUUAAGUCAAAUAUCAAAAAGAAAAUUACAAAUGAAAUUAGGAAGAAGCGACGGGAAACUCAAGAGGAACAGAAGUCCAAAUCAAGCAGUGUAUAUAAGGAAGAGCCCACCAUGCAAGAACAUGUACAUAAGAUUGUUGAAGAGGAUGUGAUGCAUCCUGCUGACGAUGAAGCAAGUAAAGAGGAGCCUGUUACUUCUCCAGGGGCGGGGGUAUAUAGUAAGGUUGACCAGACUGUAGAUACUAAGGUUGAGGAUAGUGUAGAUAAGGAAGAGGAGCAUAUGGAAGCUAUUGUAGAUACGGAAGAGGAGCAUAUUGUAGAUAAGGAAGAGGAGCAUAUGAAAGACAUUGUAGAUAAGGAAGAGGAGCAUAUGGAAAAUGAAAAUUUUAUUGUAGAUAACAAAGGUUUUGAUGAGGAUACUGUUGAUGGUGUAGAUAAGGAGGAAGAUAUUGUAGAUAAAGAGAAGGAGAAUGUAGAUAAGUUGGAAGCACAGGAGGAAGAGGAUCUUGUGAAUAUUAAACAUGAUGUGGACAAUCUUGUAGAUGUUCUAACGAGCAAUGUGAAAGCAAAGCGUAGACCAAAGGCAAAAAGGGUAAGCAAGAGAUCUAAAUUCAAGAGGACACCAUAUACUGAAGGCAAAAGAAAGAAAAAGGAAAAAAUUAGUAUAGAUAUACUUGAAAGUCCUGAACCAAAAGUAAAACUAGCUGAAAAAGUUACUCAUUUUUAUCCCGGUAUUCAAAUCCCCACUUUUGAUGCGUUGAGUUUCAAGCCAAUGACAGAUGAAGAGGAAGCUCUAUUGGGAGAGCUGAAUAAUGAGCUUCCAGACCCUACAUUGUUUAACUUACGCAUAAUAGAUAGCACAUGUGCUUUUGUACAUAAUUUAAAGAUACCAUCUCCCGUAGCAGAAAGACUCGACAAAGCUGAAAUUGAGAGCCUAACCAAAUUUUGUUCUCAGAAGAUUCACAAGAGAUAUAAUGUUAUAAUGGCUUCCUCCUCUAAUUAUGAAGGGCAAAUCCCAACUCUCGAUGUUAAAACGAGUCCUAAUACUCCUACUACAGGAGAUACAAUUACAACUCCUACCGAUAUUGAUCACGAAUCCGGUGGCGAUGAUUCUGCACCUAGAGCUCCUAAAAGACCGAGAUUCGAUGUGUGGAACUUCUUCGAGAAGAUAGAAGUCACCAGGGAUCAACACAGUAGGCUUUUCAUCCAGAAAGCUAAGUGUGCAUUGUGCGGCCAUAUUUUCUAA